AAGCUGGGGGAAGCAUUUUAAAGUAUUAAAAGUUAAAAGGGAUUAGGCAUGAAUACACAUGUUUCAUGUGUGGCUCUUACGUGGCACAGCCAUGACUAAUGGAAACUAGGCACUUUAUCAAAUCCAGGACAUCCAUGUGGUGGAAGUGACCGUGCCCCCCCUGUGUUUGCAGGGAGGGUUAAGGGCCGAAAGGGGGGCGGUGGAGGCCCCUGAGCUACAGCAGACUCAGAGGCGACUGUCCCCAGCUCUGCGGCCAGUGAGGCGAGGGCCUGCAGGCCCCCGAGUGGACGGGGAGGGUGGUGCGCGGGCCGGGGCGUGCGCCGUCUCCUGAGAGACAGGCCAGCCAGCGGGAGCUGGAGGCCAUGUGUGGAGCAGGCUGCUCACAUGGUGAAAACAAAACAACACUGCCCCCUCCCCCGACACGCAUAGCUGGCCGGGUAGGUGUAAAAAUAGCCAGGCAGCCGGAUUGGAAGUGGUCACUGAACACGGCCUGCAGCUCUGAGGCCUCCUGACACCAGCCCGCCGGCCAGAUGGGGAGAACUGGUGAGGGGCACGUGGGGGCUCUGGGCGGGGAGCCGGGGGCCGUCCGCACGCACUGCCCCGGCUAGUGACCCCUGGAGCCCUGGACAGAGCCCGGGGGUGAGGACCGGCCCACUGACCCGGAGCUGCAGGCUGAGAUGGGCAAUGCUGCCCUCUGCCCUUCCUGCCACACGGGGAGGAGCGCGAGGGCCCAGGGACACUUGCAGGAGGCGGACAACGCCCCUGACUACUAUGGCUGUGACAGCGAGGAUGCCACGGAGCUGCGGGCGCGGUCUGACAGCAAUGCCAGCUUCCUCCGCGCGGCCCGAGCCGGCAAUCUGGACAAAGUGGUGGAGUACCUGAAGGGAGGCAUCGACAUCAACACCUGCAACCAGAAUGGACUCAACGCGCUGCACCUGGCGGCCAAGGAGGGACACGUGGGGCUGGUGCAGGAGCUCCUGGGCAGGGGCUCGGCCGUGGACUCCGCCACCAAGAAGGGGAACACGGCUCUGCACAUCGCCUCUCUGGCCGGGCAGGCGGAAGUCGUCAAGGUUCUGGUGAAGGAAGGAGCCAACAUCAACGCCCAGUCCCAGAAUGGCUUCACCCCCCUGUACAUGGCCGCGCAGGAGAACCACAUCGACGUUGUGAAGUACUUGCUGGAAAACGGCGCCAACCAGAGCACUGCCACCGAGGAUGGCUUCACGCCACUGGCGGUGGCCCUACAGCAGGGACACGACCAGGCGGUGGCCGUGCUGCUGGAGAACGACACCAAGGGCAAGGUGCGGCUGCCGGCGCUGCACAUCGCCGCCCGGAAGGACGACACCAAGUCGGCCGCCCUGCUGCUGCAGAACGACCACAACGCUGACGUGCAGUCCAAGAUGAUGGUGAAUAGGACGACCGAGAGCGGCUUCACCCCCCUGCAUAUCGCCGCCCACUACGGGAACGUCAAUGUGGCCACCCUGCUCCUCAACCGCGGCGCCGCCGUGGACUUCACCGCCAGGAACGGGAUCACGCCUCUGCACGUGGCCUCCAAGAGGGGGAACACGAACAUGGUGAAGCUCCUGCUGGACCGCGGCGGCCAGAUCGACGCCAAAACCAGGGACGGGCUGACGCCGCUGCACUGCGCGGCCCGAAGCGGACACGACCAGGUGGUGGAGCUGCUGCUGGAGCGGGGCGCGCCGCUGCUGGCCCGGACCAAGAACGGGCUGUCCCCGCUCCACAUGGCCGCGCAGGGGGACCACGUGGACUGCGUCAAGCACCUGCUGCAGCACAAGGCCCCCGUGGACGACGUCACGCUGGACUACUUGACGGCCCUGCACGUCGCUGCGCACUGUGGCCACUACCGUGUCACCAAGCUCCUCCUGGACAAGAGAGCCAAUCCCAACGCCCGAGCCCUGAACGGCUUUACCCCCCUGCACAUUGCCUGCAAGAAAAACCGCAUCAAAGUCAUGGAGCUGCUGGUGAAAUAUGGGGCUUCCAUCCAGGCCGUGACAGAGUCUGGCCUCACGCCUAUUCACGUGGCGGCCUUCAUGGGCCACCUGAACAUUGUGCUCCUGCUGCUGCAGAACGGCGCCUGUCCUGAUGUCACUAACAUUCGCGGCGAGACGGCCCUGCACAUGGCGGCCCGGGCGGGGCAGGUGGAGGUCGUGCGGUGCCUGCUCCGGAACGGCGCCCUGGUCGACGCCAGAGCCCGGGAGGAGCAGACGCCUCUGCACAUCGCCUCGCGCCUGGGCAAGACGGAGAUCGUGCAGCUGCUGCUGCAGCACAUGGCGCACCCCGACGCGGCCACCGCCAGCGGGCACACGCCUCUGCACAUCUCCGCCCGGGAGGGCCAGGUGGGCGUGGCCGCCGUCCUCCUGGAAGCAGGGGCCGCCCACUCCUCAGCCACCAAGAAAGGCUUCACCCCCCUGCACGUGGCGGCCAAGUACGGGAGCCUGGACGUGGCCAAGCUGCUGCUGCACCGGCGCGUGGCAGCCGACUCCGCGGGGAAGAACGGCCUGACCCCGCUGCACGUGGCCGCCCACUACGACCACCAGGAGGUGGCCCUGCUGCUGCUGGAGAAGGGCGCGUCCCCUCACGCCACCGCCAAGAACGGCUACACGCCCCUGCACAUCGCGGCCAAGAAGAACCAGAUGCAGAUCGCCUCCACGCUGCUCAGCUACGGGGCCGAGACGAACGUGGUCACCAAGCAGGGCGUGACCCCGCUGCACCUGGCCUCCCAGGAGGGGCACGCGGACAUGGCCGCCCUGCUCCUGGACAAGGGCGCCAGCGUCCACACGUCGACCAAGAGUGGACUCACCGCCUUACACCUGGCCGCCCAGGAGGACAAGGUGCACGUUGCUGAGGUUCUCACCAAGCACGGGGCCGACCAGGACGCCCACACGAAGCUGGGCUACACUCCUUUAAUCGUGGCCUGCCACUACGGAAACGUGAAAAUGGUCAACUUCCUCCUGAAGCAGGGAGCGGACGUCAACGCCAAAACCAAGAGCGGCUACACGCCCCUGCACCAGGCCGCGCAGCAGGGCCACACGCACAUCAUCAACGUGCUGCUGCAGCACGGCGCGCGGCCCGACGCCACCACCACGAAUGGCAACACCGCCCUGGCCAUCGCCAAGCGGCUGGGCUACAUCUCAGUGGUGGACACGCUGAAGGUCGUGACUGAGGAGGUCACCACCACCACGACUAUCACUGAAAAACACAAGCUGAAUGUUCCUGAGACGAUGACUGAGGUGCUCGAUGUGUCCGACGAGGAGGCUCUUAAACGGUUUGGUGACCACUUUAUUGAUGGGGACGUACUGAGUGACUCAGGUGACGACACGAUGACCGGGGACGGCGGCGAGUACCUGAGGCCCGAGGACCUGAAGGAGCUGGGCGACGACUCGCUGCCCGGCAGCCAGUUCCUGGACGGCAUGAACUACCUGCGCUACAGCCUGGAGGGGGGGCGCUCCGACAGUGCCGUUCCCAGCCUCCGGUCCUUCAGUUCCGACAGGUCUCACACCCUGAGCCAUGCCUCCUACCUGCGGGACAGCGCCAUGAUUGACGACACCGUGCUCAUCCCCAGUCACCAGGUGUCGGCGCUGGCCAAGGAGGCCGAGAGGAACGCGUACCGCCUCAGCUGGGGCCCCGAGACCCUGGACAAUGUGGCCCUGUCCUCCAGCCCCAUUCACUCAGGCCGCGCCUCUCCGUGUCUCGAUCGCGACAACAGCAGCUUCCUGGUCAGUUUCAUGGUGGACGCGCGCGGGGGCGCCAUGCGGGGCUGCAGACACCACGGGCUGCGGAUCAUCAUCCCGCCGCGCAAGUGCACGGCCCCCACGCGGGUCACCUGCCGCCUGGUGAAGCGCCACCGACUGGCGACCAUGCCCCCGAUGGUGGAGGGAGAAGGGCUGGCGAGCCGCCUCAUCGAAGUCGGACCCUCCGGCGCCCAGUUCCUGGGUAAACUCCACCUGCCAGCGGCUCCCCCCCCACUUAAUGAGGGAGAAAGCUUGGUCAGCCGCAUCCUUCAGCUGGGGCCUCCUGGAACCAAGUUCCUUGGGCCUGUCAUCGUGGAGAUCCCCCACUUCGCCGCCCUCCGUGGAAAGGAAAGGGAGCUGGUGGUGCUGCGCAGCGAGAACGGGGACAGCUGGAAGGAGCACUGCUGCGAGCACACGGAGGACGAGCUCAACGAGAUCCUCAACGGCAUGGAUGAAGUGCUGGACAGCGCCGAGGACCUGGACCGCAAGCGCAUCUGCCGCAUCGUCACGCGCGACUUCCCGCAGUACUUCGCCGUGGUGUCGCGCGUCAAGCAGGACAGCCACCUGAUCGGGCCCGAGGGCGGCGUGCUGAGCAGCACCGUGGUGCCUCAGGUGCAGGCGGUGUUCCCCGAGGGCGCGCUGACCAAGCGGAUCCGCGUGGGCCUGCAGGCUCAGCCGAUGCACGGCGAGCUGGUCAAGAAGAUCCUUGGGAACAAGGCCACCUUCAGCCCCAUCGUCACUUUGGAGCCUCGGAGGAGGAAGUUCCACAAGCCAAUCACCAUGACCAUCCCUGUCCCCAAAGCUGCCAGCGACGUUGUGCUGAAUGGCUUCGGGGGAGAAGCGCCAACCUUGCGGCUGCUGUGCAGUAUAACAGGCGGAACCACCCCCGCCCAGUGGGAAGACAUCACGGGAACUACGCCGCUGACGUUUGUCAACGAGUGUGUCUCCUUCACCACCAACGUGUCUGCCAGGUUCUGGCUGAUAGACUGUCGACAAACCCAGGAAUCUGUCGCCUUUGCCUCCCAAGUGUACCGAGAAAUCAUCUGUGUGCCCUACAUGGCCAAGUUCGUGGUGUUUGCCAAGUCCCACGACCCCAUCGAGGCCAGGCUGCGGUGCUUCUGCAUGACCGACGACAAGGUGGACAAGACGCUGGAGCAGCAGGAGAACUUCGCCGAGGUGGCCAGGAGCCGGGACGUGGAGGUGCUGGAGGGGAAGCCCAUCUACGUGGACUGCUUCGGCAACCUCGUGCCGCUGACCAAGAGCGGCCAGCACCACAUAUUCAGCUUCUUUGCCUUCAAAGAGAAUAGGCUUCCGCUCUUUGUCAAGGUACGAGACACGACUCAGGAACCUUGUGGACGACUGUCAUUUAUGAAAGAGCCGAAAUCCACCAGAGGCCUGGUACAUCAAGCGAUCUGCAACUUAAACAUCACCCUGCCCGUUUACAUAAAGGAGUCAGAGUCAGACCAAGAACAGGAGGAAGAGGUCGAUAUGACAUCAGAAAAAAACGAUGAGACAGAGUCAACAGAAACGUCUGUCCUGAAAAGCCACCUGGUCACGGAGGCCCCGGCCCUGGCCAGCCCGGACUUGCUCUCGGAGGUCUCCGAGAUGAAGCAGGACCUGAUCAAGGUGACGGCGCUCCUGGCCACUGGCGCGGCCGGCAGGGCAGGUGCCCUCGGGGAGAAGGCACUGGCCGGGGCCGUGGAGGAGGAGCCGGGGGAGCCCUUUGAGAUUGUGGGGAGAGUGAAGGAGGACUUGGAGAAGGUGAACGAGAUCCUGAGGGGUGGGGCCUGCUCAGGGGGCAGCGGCCACGGGCCAGGGUCCCAGCCUGAGGGGCAGCUAGGGGACGAGGAGUGGGUGCUCCUCAGUGACGAGGAGGUAGCAGAGGCCAAGCAAAGGGCCCCCCUGGAGGUCCCCGAGGUCCCCUGCGUAGAAAUCAGGCUAGAGAAGGAGGCCACAGCACAGGGACAGAGGGAUGCCACGGGGCUGGUCACCUACCUCACAGAGGAUCUGAACUCCUACCCGGCGGCUCCUGGAGGGGCCCCGCAGCCAACGCCCCCCACGGCUGGGGACAGACGCUCUGGAAGCAAAGCAAAGGACAUUCCCCUGGAUGAGACGCAGAGAAAGCAGACCCAGCAGCAGCCAGGCCUGGGCUUAAAGAAGCCAGUGCGGCGGAAAUUAAAGGACAAGCAGAAGCAGAAAGAGGAGAGUUUACAAGCCAGUGCAGGGAAAAGUGAGCUUAAACAGGGUAGUUCCGAAGAGUCCUUAGAAGGAGACCCGGGCUUGGCCCCUGAGCCUCUGCCCAGGGCCAAGGCCACGUCCCCCGUGAUCGAGGAGACCCCCAUCGGGCCCAUCAAGGACAAAGUGAAGGCCCUGCAGAAGAGAGUGGAAGAUGAGCAGAAGGGUCGAAGCAAGUUGCCUGUCAGACUCAAAGGCAAGGAGGAAGUGCCCCGGAGGGCGGGGCCCCGGCCACAGCCAGCCAUGUCCCCCCCUCAAAGGCCAGACCGGCGGGCACCCGUGUCCCCCUCCUCCAAAGCGGACAGACACUCGUCCCUCACCUCCUCAGCCAAGUCCGAGUGGCAUCCUCCAGCGUCACCACCGAGUAAGACCGAGAGACACUCGCCCGUGUCUCCCUCAGCAAAAACCGAGAAGCACUCGCCCGGGUCCUCGUCGGGUAAAACCGAGAGACACUCGCCUGUGUCACCUUCAGGUAAAACAGACAAACGCCCACCGGUGUCACCAUCAGGAAAGCUGGAGAAACAUCCCCCCGUGUCACCCGGGAGGACAGACAAGCGCCUGCCCGUGUCACCGGCUGCGAGGACGGAAAAGCACCCCCCUGGGUCGGCCUCUGGGAAGACUGAGAAGCGCCUUUCGGUGGCACCUUCCGGGAAGACAGACAGAGCCGCGCCGGUGUCCCCCACCUCGAAGACGGAGCGCAUCGAGGAGACCAUGUCUGUCCGGGAGCUGAUGAAGGCCUUUCAGUCAGGCCAGGACCCAUCUAAGCACAAGGCUGGGCUGUUUGAGCACAAAACGGCCAAACCGAAGCAGCCCCAGGACAAAGGCAAAGUUCGGGCCGAAAAGGAGAAGGGGCCGCUACCAGCCCCGAGAGAGACGCUGAAAACGGAGAGUCAGACCAUCCGACGGGGCCAGAGGUCCCCAGGAGUGGGGGCUGCAGAACCCAGGAGAGGGUCCCGUGGUGCCUUGGGGCUGAGAGAAGACACCACCAGAGGGAAGGUGACCCUCCCCACCAACAGGACGCUGCCCCCUGUGGGCCCGGGGCCCGGGGAGGAGCUGGACGAGAGGGGAGACAGGGACCUGCAGAUCAGCCCCGACCGCAGAACCUCCACCGACUUUUCCGAGGUCAUUAAGCUGGAGCUGGAAGACAACGACAGGUACCAGCAGUUCUGCCGCCAGGAGGAGUCCGAAGAGGUGCCGCUGGUACCGGAGCAGGUGCUCACCAGCCCCUUCCCCACGGCCUUCCCACCAGAGCCCGGCAGUGGGCAGCCACUCCCAGCCUUGACCUUCCGCCUGGAUGGCAGCUGUGAAAAUCUGGGGCAGGAAGGGGUGGCAGGGUCUCCCUGCGGCAGCCUGAUGGAGGGGACCCCGCAGGUCAGCUCGGAAGAGAGCUACAAGCAUGAGGGGUUGGCAGAGACCCCUGAGACAAGCCCAGAAAGCCUUUCCUAUUCACCAAAGAAAAGUCAGGAGCAAAUUGGGGAAACCAGUGAAAAUGCCACCUUCAAAACAGACAUUCAUUCGGGCAGAGUGCAUCCCUCCACCAAAGACUCUCCGGACGGUGCCGAAGAGCCAGGUGGGGCUGCUGCAGAGGGCGCAGAGCCUGGGGCCAGGUGUGUGAAGGAGGACACCCUGGACCCUUCCACAGAGACGGGCCCCAAACCGGAGGGCGAAAGCCCAGGCCACUGCACUGUGUCCUCAGCAAAGGAAGCACCCGCCGGGCUGACUGAGGACGUGCCCUGUGAUGACAGUCCCCUUGCCCACAAGACACAGACAGACCCUGGAGCUCAGGAACCCACAAGCCCCAAGCCCUUGCCGACCGAGGCCCCUGUGAGGACUGCCCAGUCCCAGGCAUCCCCCCGCAGUCCCCAGGGGCUGGACCUGCCACUCCCUCGCUCUGACCCCGAGGUCCUCAGUCCCGGGGCUGACGAGUCAUUGGCAGUGAGCCACAGGGACUCCUUGGAGGCAAGCCCCGUGCUGGAGGACAACUCCUCCCACAAAACCCCGGACUCCCUGGAGCCCAGCCCCCUGAGGGAGUCCCCCUGCCGCGACUCCCUGGAGAGUAGCCCCGUGGAGCCCAAGGCGAAGGUUGGCACACUCCCGGGCCAUGUCCCUCUCCCUGUGGCCAGUGCCAAGGCCGACUUCUUCACAGAAAUGGCCUCUGUGAGGUCUCGGCUGCUGCGAGACCCCGAUGGCAGCGCUGAGGAUGAUAGUCUGGAGCAGACGUCCCUGGUGGAGAGCUCCGGAAAGAGUCCCCUCUCCCCUGACACCCCCAGCUCUGAAGAAGUCAGCUACGAGGUCACGCCCAAGGCCUCUGAUGCCAGCACCCCCAAACCAGCUGUGAUUCACGAGUGUGCUGAGGAGGAGGACUCAGAAAAUGGGGAGAAAAAGAGGUUCACCCCCGAAGAGGAGAUGUUCAAAAUGGUGACCAAAAUCAAAACCUUUGACGAACUUGAACAAGAAGCCAAGCAGAAAAGGGACUGCCGGAAAGAAACGAAGCCUGAAGAGUCGUCUUCAUCCUCUGACCUGGACGCUGACAGCUCAGCAGCCGCAGGUGAGCCACCGUGUGGGCCACGUGCACAGGAUGGAAGUGACAUCCCUGUCCUGGUGACCUCAGACAACAGAAAGGCUUCCUCCUCCUCAGAGAGUGAGCCUGAGCUGACGCAGCUGAGGACAGGAGCCGACCCGGGGCUGCUCCCAGAGCCGGUCAUUCGGGUGCAGCCCCCAUCCCCACUCCCGUCCAGCUUGGACUCAAACUCCAGUCCUGAGGAGGCACAGUUCCAGCCCAUUGCUUCCAAACAGUACACUUUCAAGAUGAAUGAAGACACUCAGGAAGAGUCCAGUAAAUCAGAAGAAAAAGAGUGUGAAUCUCGUUUGCCCGAAGACGGUCAUGCUGAUUCCACUGGAGGCCCAGGUCUGCCGCACGAUGAUUUGAACAGAGAUGCUGACCCACCAAACAUCUGUGCCGGCCACGGGUGUGCAGCAGGAAGUCCUAGCCACUCGGCCCCACCUGUGUCCUCAGGUCGCUGUGGCCCCAGCAGGGAGGAGCUCAUCAUCCGUGAGGAUCUGUCGUCUCCCCAGGGCCCCGGUGGGGACUUAAGAGGAGGAGAGCUAGGGGCUUCUCAAGAGGGAUCACCACAAGCAGGUGGCUCCGGUGAGGGCUCUUCACCUUUGUCCUCUUUGCCUGAUUGUCCAGCAUCUGGAGACGUUGUCUCUGCAUCUUCUCCAGCAAAAACGGAGGGUACAAAGACCAACCACACUUGCGAGAGCUUCCAGGACAUUCCCACACUCGACUCCUCCCUGGCUGUUGAGACAGACAGACUGUCUGUGGCCGUUCCAGGCUGUGGCCCCUCUGAGGCCGAGGAAGCCUGCGAUCUUCAGGUCAUAAGCCCAUAUGAAAAUGUGCCUCCCCAGUCCUUCUUCUCUGGUGAAGAUAGCAAAACCCAAACAAAUGCGGAGCACUCUGGUUUUCAUGCUUCUGAUGCAUGCUCUGUGACUGUCACAUCCUCUAUGGACAACGUGCCAGCGGACCGUGCCUCUAGUGGGGCUAUUUCAAGCAAAGACUCCAAUUUUGGGGACCAGGGCCUGGAAAGUACCUCAGGGGACACACUGUCCGACUGUGCCCCUACACCCUCACAGCCCCGCCUGCCCCACUCCACUGCCGCUGCCAGUGAGCACAUGAGCCAGGUUGUCAUCACCACCUGUGACGCGGAUCCCGACUCCUGGAGCGAAAUCCGCGAGGAUGACGAAGCCUUUGAGGCCCGAGUGAAGGAGGAGGAGCAGAAGGUGUUUGGUUUGAUGGCAGACAGACAGUCACAGGGCACCACCCCAGACACCACUCCUGCCCGGACCCCCACCGAGGAGGGGACUCCGACCAGUGAGCAGAACCCGUUUCUCUUCCAGGAGGGCAAACUGUUUGAGAUGACCCGAAGUGGGGCCAUCGACAUGACCAAAAGGCCCUACGCAGAUGAGAGUUUCCACUUUUUCCAAAUUGGCCAAGAAUCCGGGGAGGCGGCCACUUCUGAUGACGUGAGAGACGGGGAUGCUGUGAAUGAGCCUCCACAGCCGCUGACCCCGGCCCCAGCCCUCUCAGGAUCCACCAGCACAGAUGAGGCUGACUUGCUCCCUGAUGUCCUGGGUGAGGAAGGAGAGGGACUUCCUGCCUCAGAUGGUGACCUCUGUUCCCAGACAGGGACCCCAGCCUCCAAGGAUGCAUUGUCAGGGGAGGUGGCCAUUUCUGCGGGCACCAAGGGCCUGCCCUCUGGGCAGGGUGGCAAUGUGCCUGCUGCGUCCAGUGUGAAGCUGUUGGCUGGCCCCGCCUGCCCGGAACCUGCUGUCCAGGCUGCACUAGACUUCUCCACGGUCACCAGGUCUGUGUAUGCAGAUCGGGAGGACGAUUCUCCUGACUCCUCCCCAGAGGAGCAAAAGUCAGUCAUCGAGAUCCCCACCGCAGCCACAGAGAGUGCGCCUUGUCCCGAAAGCAAGUCCAGGAUCCCCGUCAGGACUUCAGCCCCAGCCCAGGGGGAGAGGGUGCAGCCCGAGGGCCUGCCCAGCCCAGAUGAGGACAGGGCUGAGCCAGAGGCUAGGCCAAAGUCCAAAAUACCCGUGAAAGCGCCCCUCCAAGGGGUUGGGCAGCAGCCCCUGCCCCAGGGCCCAUCCCUGCCCAAGACAGUGGCCCCUCGGGGACAGGAUGCGCCAGGCAGGGCAGCAGAUGACAGGGGCAGAUCUGAGUCUGGUACCAGUGCAGGGAGAGCCAGAAGCUAUGCUGAGACAGAAGUAGGGGAUGGGGAGGGGGCAGAGGAGCCUGAGCUGCAGUCAAAGGGCGAGGCCACGAGCCCCAGGCUGCUUGCCACCCAUCUGCCAGCGCAGGGCAGGGGCCCCCACCGGGAGAGCAAGGAGCAGUUCUUGGACCUGUACAGGAACUCCCUCGAGUUCUUCGAGGAGAUUAGCGAUGAGGCAGCCAAGCUAGUGGACAGGCUGGCCCAGGCAGAGAGGGAGCAGGAGGCAGUUUCCGAUGACGAGAGCAGUAGUGCCCUGGAUGUGUCCGUGAUCGAAAAUCUGCCGCCUGCUGAGACCGAGCCCCCGGUCCCCGAGGACGUCUUUGACACGAGGCCCGUUUGGGAUGAGUCCAUUGAGACUCUGAUUGAACGCAUCCCCGAUGAGAACGGCCAUGACCGUGCUGAAGAUCAGCAGGAGGAGCAGCGGCGGAUGGAGGAGCGGCUGGCCUACAUCGCCGAUCACCUGGGCUUCAGCUGGACAGAGUUAGCACGAGAGCUGGACUUCACUGAGGAGCAGAUCCAUCAGAUCCGAAUAGAGAACCCCAACUCCCUGCAGGACCAGAGCCAUGCGCUGCUGAAGUACUGGCUGGAGCGGGACGGGAAGCUUGCCACUGAUACCAGCCUCAUCGGCUGCCUCACCAAGAUCAACCGGAUGGACAUCGUGCACCUCAUGGAGGCCAGCGCCGAGCCGCUCCUGGAGCGCGGCAGCCUCGGCUACGCGGAGAUGGAGCCGCCCUCCGCGCCGGACCACAGCGAAGGCUUCUCCGCCCUCCCAGAGGAGCUGCCCGCCCUGCACGCCGCAUCCAGGGAGAGCGGGUCCUGCAGCCACCCUCCCAUCGUCUCGGACGAAGACCUCUCCGUCGGCUACUCCACCUUUCAGGACUGCACCCCUAAAACGGACGGGGACAGCCCAGCCUCCAGACCUGCCCCCCCUCAGCAGGAGCAAGUGCCCCAGGGCCUGUUGGGGACGGUGCCCGCGGAGCCAGCUCCAGAGCAGGAGUACUUUGUGACGACCCCAGGGACAGAAGGGUCAGACACUGAAAAGGCUGCGUCUGCACCUGGCUCUCCCAGUGGGACCCCCGAGGAGGACAGGCUCACCCUGCGGACCCCAUCCCCUGCCCCUGGGGAGCAGGCGGACUCGCCCAUCGUACAGGAGCCUGAGGAGCCCCCGGGCCUCAGGCAGGGUGCUUCUCCCCGAAAAACCAGCCUUGUGAUAGUGGAGUCUGGGGAUGACCGGCCACCCACCUUCGAGAGUCUUGAUGAGAACUCAGCUUUCCAGAAGGAGCUCACGGCCGAGCUGGGUGAACUGGAGGUCAGCUCCGACGACGAAGCGACAGUCACCACCAGGGUCAUCCGCCGGCGUGUGAUUAUUCAGGGUGAUGACAUGCCUGAAGUGCCCCCAGAAACUGUCACAGAGCAGGAGUAUGUGGACGAGAACGGGCACACGGUGGUGAGGAAGGUCACCAGGAAGGUCAUCAGGCGGUACGUGUCCCCCGAUGGCAUAGAGAGGGAGGAGGUCACCGUGCAGGGACGGCCCCAGGAACCCAUCAGUGUCGAGGACGGGGACGGCUUCUCCAAAGUCAUAAAGCGCGUGGUGCUGAGGAGCGACACCGAGCAGUCAGAGGUGACUCUGGCUGAGCCCAGCGCCCCGGGCGAGUCCUCGAGGUUCCAGGCCGAGCCCGUGGACGGCCGGCGCGUCAGCAAAGUCGUCAAAACGACGGUGGUGCACGGGGAGAGGAUGGAGAAGCACCUGGGGGACCCCCGCUUCGCUUCCGACCUCCCCUCCGCCAAAGCCGACUUCGAAGAGGCGUUGAGUUAUGCAGGUAGCCACGCACAAGUCCACCUCCCCAGCUUAGUAGAGAGUGAAAUCCUGAGAGAGGAUGGAUCGGUGGUUAAAAGGACGACGCUCAGUAAGGCCAGCACGCGGAAGAGGGCGGUGGUGAAGGACCAGCAGGGGGCGCACGUGCACCUGGAGCAGCUGGAGGAUGUGCCCGAGGCCCUGGAGCGGGACGCCUUCCAGCACGACCUGCAGCAGCUGCUGCGGCAUUUCUGCAAGGACGGCCCCGAGCAGGAGGCCAAGUGAGGGCCCCGGAGCUCGUGUCGGAAACCCCGUUGCCCCCUCCGUGCACAGCACCCCCUUUCGUCAGCGGAGCAGCCUGCCUGGCCCCGGGACCCUGAUGCCCCGACUCCAGCACACACCCCACACUUGGUUAGCUUGUCCCGCCCCUUUAACUGUACGCGAAUCUGUGACCAAAGAUAGCAUCCUCCCCCUGGGUGCUGUGUCCCGAUGUCCUGGCGUCCGGGCGGCCUGGGCACUGGCCGCCCCCCACCCCUCGCCUCGGCUCAGGCUCUGCGCGGAGCCGUGGAUCAGGGCAACUCCCUGUGCACUCUCCCCAGGACGACCAGGCGCCCCUCGGAGGGACGUCUGAGCACGGUGGGCCCAGCAGCGCUCCGACGGACCCGUGUCGGGUGGCAGUCACACUGGGCACCACGGAACCGAGGCCCCCAGAGAUGGCCGGGCGUGGUUCCUUCAGGUAUUGCUAACACAAUCCAGCGAUGGCGCCUUCCGCUGCGGAAGAGGCCCAUCAGACCUACCAGACCUUGCAACUCCGGCGUAGCCACGGCCGUGGCCGGGGUGGGGACCCCGAGGAACUGCCCCGGUGGAGCUCGGACUCCGGCAGGCAGGGCAGUGGAGAGGCGCCAGGGGCUGGCAGCUGCGACCCGUGGCCCUGUGGCACCGCAGGUCUCUCCGGUCCUGGACACGCUGGCAGGCGCUUCACCGAGCUGUGACUACCGCAGUGCUCCGGACUCCGGCGCUGCUCAUGCGAACCACGCUGUCUUACGGUGGCCCUUGCGCCCGGCCACGGCGCUGUAGGUACUUACUUCCCUGGAAGCAGGCUCCGCCCGCGGCACGGGAGGCGAAGCGCCGUGGCCACGUGGGAGCGCGCCUCCUCCUCCCUCCAGGUUUCCGUCCCCGCGAGCGCCUGCAUGUCGCACUUGGAAACCCGGCCCCGUCGGAGCCCCGCUCUCAGCGCCCGGGCGGAGUUCCUUCUCACCCAGGACACGGCUCACCCUGCGGUGGGGUCUGGUUUCUCUCUGGCAGACAAGAUGGAGAAGUCCUUAAAAAUUUGGGUUUGGUUAAAAGUUUUGGUUUAUUUAUUUGAACCCUGAGGUGCAUUUGUGCACUUCCUGUGUGUUUAUUUCAAAGCAGGGCCUCCCGUCACCUGAGUGGUCCCCACGCCCCAGUCUGCAUUCUUCUAGUGGUUGGAGCUGCGCAACAUUUUAAUCACAUUUACUCACAAAUAUAUUCCUGUAAACAGUGUAUGUUUUGGACACUUAUUUGUUAAAGAAAAGUAUAUUCAAUGGAGAUGAAAUUUAAAAACAAACACCAGAGUCUGUCCUCCCGGAUGGAGCAUUUCCCGAUUCCAGCCGGUCUUUUCCUGCAAAAACGAGUCCUUGCUCCCAAUGUCACAAACCACGCGACACACAGUGCCACUCGGUCACUUCAGGGAGUGUGGCAGGAGGGAGUGUCCCGGGGGGGCACCCCCACACAGCACCUCCCACCCCUCGUGGCUGUUGGAUUGGAAAUCCGUCAUCGUCCUUUGCAGCCAAAGCGAGAGGCCGGUGGCGAGGCCCUGGACACACGGUGGCCUCUCGUGAGCCCUUCCCUGGGCCCCAGAAAGCGUUUCUGUUGUGUGAUUUGCAGUGCGGAUGACGUCUGUGUAACAACGGUUAUUCACCUCCUUUUGGUUUUGAUUUUUGCUGUGUAAUCAGAAAACUUGACUACUGUGAGAAGAAGUGAAUUUUCAGUUGAAUCAGCAUCUUGUUUCCAUGGUGAUAACACUAACUGAAUAUAUCUGUGAGGGCAUGUACUAGUUAACGGGAAAAAUACAACACUAACAACACAUAGCUGCAACGUGUACAACGGCUGAUUUAAGUAAAUAAAAUGUACAAGUGUUCA